UCCCCGCGGAGACCUCGGCGGACCCCGGGGCGCCCAGGGCUCCAGGGAAACCCGUAGCGCCGGCCCCGCGCGGACUGGCCGAGGGGCGGGGCCAGCGCGGAGCUACGUCCGGGGCGGGGCCAGGUGAGUCGCCAGCAGAGCUGAGCCCAGGUGAGACGCCAGUGGGAUUUGCAUCCAGGGCGUUGAAAGGACCCCAUGUCCAGAUCCCCAAGAGGUGGCGUGGAGGCAGUGUGCCUGGACCACCCUGCCCACCAGCAGAGCAUGUCCCAGCUGGACCUGGAGGAGCUGGCCGAAAUAGAACUACAGAGAGAUGAGGAAGAGGCCGCCACACUGGGUGCAGUGAGGAGACCCUCAGUGGCGCCCCCGGCUGGCCAGGACCCUGCGUUGAGCAUGAAUCACCCCUUCUACGAUGUGGCCAGACAUGGCAUCUUACAGGUGGCAGGGGAGGACCGCUUUGGAAGACGCAUCGUCACGUUCAGCUGUUGCCGGAUGCCCCCCUCCCACGAGCUCAACCACAGGCGUCUGCUGGAGUAUCUGAAGUACACGCUGGACCAGUACGUGGAGAGUGAUUACACCAUCGUCUACUUCCACUACGGGCUGAACAGCCGGAACAAACCGUCCCUGCGGUGGCUCCAGACCACCUACAAGGAGUUUGACAGGAAGUACAAGAAGAACUUGAAGGCCCUUUACGUCGUGCACCCCACCAACUUCAUCAAAGUCCUGUGGAACGUCUUCAAACCCCUCAUCAGUCACAAGUUUGGGGAAAAAGUCACCUAUUUCAACCAUCUGAGGGAGCUCCGUGAACACCUCCAAUGCGACCAGCUGGCCAUCCCCCCGGAAGUUCUGCAGUACGACGAGAAGCUGCGGAACCUGCACAAGGGUAGGCCACUCCCUCCUGCCAAGACGCCGCCGCCGCGACCCCCUCUGCCCACCCAGCAGUUUGGCGUCAGUCUGCAAUACCUCAAAGACAAAAUCAAGGUGAACUCAUCCCCCCUGUCCUGAAAGUUCACAGUGACAUACCUGAAAGAGAAAGGACUCCACACAGAGGGCCUGUUUCCGGAGAUCGGGCCAAUGUCCCAGACUGUCCACGAGACCAGCGGCCUUACAUCAAGAGCCUGGGUUGAAGCAGGAAUCCCCAGCUCAGGGUCCCGAACUCAGAGGCAGGAUGCUCUGUGUCCAGGCAAGCCCGUGAACUUUGACGACUAUGGGGACGUCCACAUCCCUGCCGUGAUCCUGAAGACCUUUCUGCGAGAGCUGCCCCAGCCGCUGUUGACCUUCAAGGCCUAUGAGCAGAUCCUUGGGGAUCACAAGAAGGACCCUCAUGCCAUUGCAGGUGUGGAGAGCAGCCUGCGGGUGACCUACUGCCGCCAGAUCUUGCAGAGCCUUCCGGAACACAACUACGCCGUCCUCAACUACCUCAUGGGCUUCCUGCACGAGGUGUCUCGGGAGAGCAUUUUUAACAAAAUGAACAGCUCCAAUCUGGCCUGUGUCUUUGGGCUGAAUUUAAUCUGGCCGUCCCGGGGGGCGUCCUCCCUGAGUGCUCUCGUGCCCCUGAACCUGUUCACCGAGCUGCUGAUCGAGUACCAUGGAAAGGUCUUUAGUGCCCCGGACGCCCGUGGGGAGCUGGGCGCCAGCUCGGUUGGGGGAAGAGAACAAGGCAGCCCCUCCUCCGGAGGCGUCUCCACGCCCGCAGCACCUCCGUCCACGGCACCUCCGUCCGCUGGCACUGGCCUGGAGACUCCACUAGUGCUGGCAAUAUCACGUUGAGGUCUAUCCAUCUGUGCUCGCAUUGUGUGUUUUGUA